UUUAAUUGUUAUGGAAAUUUAAUUCCACAUGUAAAAUUCAUUGAGAUGAAUUUUGGGUGGCAUGAUGGCAUAAAUGUAUGCAGAGGAUCACAGGUUCAGUUUCAUUACAGUCUUCCCCUUUCAGUCAGUCAGCAAAAAUAGAAAAAAAAUGUGAAUGGAAAUGUUGACAAUACAGAUACAACUUUACAACUUCACAACUUUGGGCAUCAAAAAGAAAAUGAGAGAGACAAAGGGUUGGUUGGGGGGUGGGAGGUGUGUUGGGGGUGGGGAUACGGCGGGAUGCGGGGUGCAGACUCAUCCCGGGGGCUGGUGCACCGGGAGAGGCCACUGUCUCCCACCCUUCCAAUGCCACAACGGUCUCACUUUUGGAGAAGUGAGCUGCACGUAUCGGACACCCGGAACCCCCAUCUGUCCCCACCCUCUCUCUCUUUUUUUUCCACCCAGUCCUCUAUCAGUCCAGGUGGCAGAGCGCACUUCGGCCGUGGGAUGCAGCCUCUCAUCUCCAACACAUGGACAGCGGAGCUUGGAGCUGCCGCAGCGCGCCACGGCUCCACUAGCUGAAGACACCACCUCUCAAAAGCAGGGGAAGAAGACACGACACUCCCGCGUUUAACUCGCGGACUUCAGAUUUAAAGGAUAUACUUUCUUCCCACGUCUUUUUUCCUCCUUAUCUUUUCAACCCGCAGGAGAGCAGAACCAGUUGUGUUCAAUGCGCAACCAUGCUCAUCAUCUCGUCCCGCAGUGCGCUGCUGUCCGUCUACUACCCACAGAUCUUCCUCAUCCUCACCAGCGGUAGCUACCUGGCGCUGUCCUCGGUGGUGGCUCUAGGUGCUAACAUCAUCUGCAACAAGAUACCAGGGCUGGCCCCCCGUCAGAGGGCCCUCUGUCAGAGUCGCCCCGACGCCAUCAUCGUCAUCGGCGAGGGCGCCCAGCUGGGCAUCAAUGAGUGUCAGUACCAGUUCCGCUACGGCCGGUGGAAUUGCUCGGCCCUGGGAGAGAGGACUGUCUUCGGACAAGAGCUGAGAGUAGGCAGCAGGGAGGCAGCAUUCACUUACGCCAUCACAGCAGCUGGAGUUGCCCACGCAGUGACCACAGCUUGUAGCCAAGGCAACCUCAGCCAGUGCGGCUGUGACCGCGAGAAGCAGGGCUAUCACGACCAGGAAGAGGGCUGGAAGUGGGGAGGCUGCUCGGCCGAUGUUAAGUACGGCGUGGAGUUCUCGCGGCGCUUUGUAGAUGCCCGUGAGAUCAAGAAAAACGCCCGGCGGCUGAUGAACCUGCACAACAAUGAGGCAGGGCGAAAGAUCCUGGAGGAGAGGAUGAAGCUGGAGUGCAAGUGUCAUGGCGUGUCUGGCUCCUGCACCACUAAGACCUGCUGGAUCACCCUACCAAAGUUCAGAGAGAUUGGUUACCUGCUGAAGGAGCGCUACAGUGGAGCAGUUCAAGUAGAGCCAGUCCGAGCCUCGCGCCUCCGCCAGCCCUCCUUCCUACGACUCAAAGAGGCUCGAGGCUACCAGAAGCCCACGGAGACGGACCUGGUGUACCUGGAGCGUUCGCCCAACUACUGCGAGGAGGACACAGCCACGGGAAGCACGGGAACGCGAGGGAGACUUUGCAACGGCACCUCGAUCCACACAGACAAUUGUAAUUUGAUGUGCUGCGGCCGGGGUUACAACACGCACCACUACACGCGCAUCUGGCAGUGCAACUGCAAGUUCCACUGGUGCUGUUUUGUCAAGUGCAACACAUGCAGUGAGAAAUCAGAAGUUUUUACCUGCAAGUAGGGAAUGAGGAAGUGCGGCACAGUAAGUUGGGGAGAGGCUGGGGAAAACGGACAGUGGUUGAAGGUAAUGACAAAGUGGAAUUUGAAGUGAAGGACUUGGAAGUAUUUAUUCAACAAUUUGCACAUUUUUACAUCCUAUUUUGGAAUUCUUCAAAGAGAGAAAAAAACAGACAUGAGGUUUGGAGAGUAAUGAGAAAAAAGAGACAUUAGUGAUUACAAAAACUUCCCUUCGUUUGCUCGCUGGUAGAAAACUAUGACAUGGUGCAAACACAUCGCAGGUGAGAGGAUUUGAUGUUCUUGUUUGCGUCCAGCAAAGCAAUAUUUGGAAGACAACAGCUUGCAAAGAUGCCAACAGAUGUCACACAUGAGAGGAAGAACAAUAAGAACUAUUGUUGGAUCUUGAGAAGACUUUUGUAACACGCUAACUGGAAAACAGCAAAGCGCCUCAGACUGCCAUGACGGAAGACUCCUGAUGAAGAUGGAAAGAUGGCAGUGGAAUACUUUUAACUGUACGCUCACACUGUAUUCUGUUUGAACACUGAAAAUAAAACAAAGUUAUUUAUGUAAAGAAAUAUCUUUCAAACCUAGUCUUAAGGAUGGAUAGCUAACAUUUUUCCUCUCUAUUAUGACCUUCAAUUGCUACUGAUACAUUUCAAGCUAGGAGUAACUAAUUUCUAGUCACAUUUACAACCACUAAACAGCUAAGCUCUGUUUCAUUUCAUCUGUAUCCAUUAUCGGUGGUCAGUGGCGUACUUCACUAUAGAUUAGUUAUUUUUCUUUUGCACUCACAUGAUCACAUUUCUUUCUCUUUUCAUGGGACAUCAGUAAGUUGUGCUGUCGAGUGCUGUGCUGAUAUCUCUCUCAUGGACAAAUCCCCCCCCCUCGAACCAAGACCCUUUGUUACGCCGAGAGCCAAAGAGGGUGAAAAUACUCCCAAGCUAUUUUAAGCAUCCAACUUGUCAGUUUGAACGGCACUUUUCAUCCCGACCAUGUUCAUUGUUGUGUUUUCGGGGGGCUCUUGACUUCUGAGAAAAGCAUGCAAGCCUCAUUGGAACUCCAUAGAGGUGCAAUCAGGUUCAGAUACAUCCAACAUUCCCAUGAACGGCAGACGUGGAAUUCCACGAUGGCCUCUGCUUACACAAGGCCUUCCAGCGCGGUUUAGGCCUGCCUGGGUGGAUGGCAUGCUCUCUAACCACACAGAGGGGGUAUGAGAGGAUCAAAGCUAUUUUUGGACAGCACCCUUAAUGUAUUCAGAAAUGUUUAUUUAGGCUUUAUAUAACUUACAAAACAAUUUGAAGAGUAUAUUUUUAUAUGAGGAACGUGGCACUUUAUGUCAUUUAUAGAUGGAAAAGAAAGUCACUAUUUACAAGUGUUUUCUAAUGUCAUUGUAUUCAGAUUUGAGAGCUAUAAAUUAUUUGGAAUUUAUGUUUUUUUUUUUGAUCAGAGUUCCUAAAUUGUAAAUACUCCACGUGUUUUUAUCAAAGUAGCCCAGAUUGUCCAUCUCCAUACGAUCCUUCACAAUUCAACGUAGCUCAUGAAAGCCAAGUGAUUCAUCAAGUGUUGGAAAGUCCAGGAAAUUUUGUGCAAACCACUGUUAAGUAUUUGAGCACACGCAUGGAACUGCGAGUAAGUAAUCGAUCAACUAGUUGUGCAGCUUUAGACUGAAGAGAUUUCUGUGUUUCCAGUUGUGUUCAUGGCCCUUUCAGGAACUAGGAACAACUCAGUGCUGCUUCCUAAAACAUAGUUGUAACUUCAAACACAGCUAAUUUAGGUUUAUCUGUUCUGUGGCAAAACCAACAUCUGGAUCACUUACAAACAUGAACAGUUGUAUUUUUUUCUUUUUUUACCAAUAAAAUUUGAGCAUCUUUUUAACGCCUCUUGGGUUUUAUGUCACAUCUGGCCUUUAUAGACCAUCACUGUGACAUUGCACUAACAACAACAAUCACCUCUGGGUAGACAACUGGCAACUAACUGGGAUUGCGGUGACGUGGAAUCAGCAAACUUGAUUAUUUCUGUUUUAUUUUCAGCCAUAACUGCAACAUUUAAAAACAUAUAGUUAAACACAGUGGUCAGACCUAUCUGGCAUUUCUGCUGUGCUUGCUUCGCUAUCGUCUUUGAUAAACCAAAUCUCCUGGUACAGAAGCUAAACAAUGCACUGCUGUAGACGAGGGUUGCAGCAAAUGUAUUUAAGAUACCUAAAAAAAUCAACAUCAGUUUAGGUGUACGCUAUAUAAAUAUAUGGAAUAUUGUGACU